UGAUAUUAUUCAACCAAAAUUUUCUCCAUUCCAAUCCUCAUCACUCUCACUCACCCAAACCAAUUAUUGCUUCCAAGAAUUCACAGCAGAACCCCUUCUCCCCGCAAUCCUUUCCAUUCUCCUCCUAACAACCAUUUCAACCACCUUUUCCCCCAGUAAAUAAAUAAAACCAACCAAAAAAAAACAAGCCGAGAAAAAAAAAAGUCAAAAAUUGAAAAAAGUUCCCAAACAAAACCACACACACAUGACAUUAUUAAUAUUAAUAUUAUUAAUAAUUAUAAUCCCUUCACCCUCUUUCUCUGUCACAAUGCAAAACUCACCCACCGUCCUCGCUGUUCCGCCGCCGCGCCCCGCCACUCAAAUAAACGUCAUCCCCAUCCCACCGUCCUUCGACGGAGCUCCAAACUCCGUCUUCCCGAGCACCUUCCUACCCUUCCCGCCGCCGCCGCCGUUCGCCGGACCUCCCAGCUCCGUCGAUCUCUCCCCUCUCGAAUUCCUCCUCGCGCUCCUCGCCGUCGUCACCAUCCCGGCCCUAAUUUACACUUUCAUCUUCGCCUUCGGCUGCCCGUCGCGCCGCCGCCGCCGGGAACCCUCCUACGGCGAGCCCUCCGUAGCGUCGGAGGUGUCCCACCACCAGGAAUUCGAAAUCGCCGCCGUCGCCGACACCGAAGUGAAGUACCGGAAGGAGGCGCACGCGAAGGAAAUCGGCGGCGAGUGCCCGGUGUGUUUGUCGGUGUUCGCCAACGGCGAAGAAGUCCGGCAGCUGAGCGCGUGCAAACACUCGUUCCACGCUUCUUGCAUUGACUUGUGGCUCAGCAACCACUCCAAUUGCCCGAUUUGUCGUGCUACCAUCGCCGUCACCACCACCAAAACCGGAGACGGUGACUCGCACCUGAGUCACCGUGAGCCCGAUGCGACAAAUUUGGUUUGAUUUUCAUUUUAUUUUUAAUUUCUAUAAAUAUUAAGUUUUUAAUUUUUAUACAAUAAAUUCCAAUUAUUAUCUUAUAAGUAGAAUACGGAGUAUCAAGGGGAUCUAGCUAUUGGGAAAACAAUGUGCUUGAGUGUUGUAUUAUAUUACUAUCUUUCAUUCUUACGGAAUAAAGUAGGAACUUCUAGAGGAUUUUAAUGAACUUGAAAUAUGAAUGUUGAGUAAUGGGAGAGUGGAAUGAGAAUGUUGAAGAAGAGGAUAGAUAGGAAUUGUCAGUGAUUGAACACUUCAAUUGUAAUUGUAAUGAAACUUGUGUACGAUUUGAGCUACUGGCUUAAAAUGGAAUGAAGGUAGCUAGGAAGUUUCCUUUGGGAAAGGAA